AAACUCCCGAUCGUAUGCAGCCAUCUUAGUUUUCGAGAACGGCGUUUCAAGGAAAAAUUCCAUCUUUGUUUUCAUCCACAAAAUUCUACAUAGCUAAAGAAACAUCAAGAUGACAGAACGUGACGACAACGUCUACAAGGCCAAGCUGGCUGAGCAGGCAGAGAGAUAUGAUGAAAUGGUGGAGUCAAUGAAGAAGGUGGCGUCUGCUGAUGUAGAGCUCACUGUUGAAGAACGCAAUCUGCUCUCCGUCGCUUACAAAAAUGUGAUUGGUGCGCGGCGGGCGUCGUGGCGGAUAAUCAGCAGCAUUGAGCAGAAAGAAGAAAACAAGGGCGAAGGACAAAAGCUGAGCAUGAUUCGUACCUACAGGGAGCAGGUUGAGAAGGAGUUACGUGACAUCUGUGGAGAUAUCCUAAAUGUUCUUACUGACCAUCUAAUACCACAUGCCACAACAGGAGAAUCAAAAGUGUUCUAUUACAAAAUGAAAGGCGACUAUCACCGAUACCUGGCGGAGUUCGCCACGGGCGACCAGAGGAAAGAAGCGGCCGAGAACUCGCUAGUAGCUUACAAGGCGGCGAGCGACAUUGCGACGACGGACCUUGCGCCGACGCACCCGAUCCGUCUUGGCCUCGCGCUUAACUUCAGCGUGUUCUACUACGAGAUCCUGAACUCGCCGGACCGGGCGUGUCGACUCGCGAAGGCUGCGUUCGACGACGCGAUUGCCGAGCUGGAUACGCUGAACGAGGAGAGCUACAAGGAUUCCACACUCAUCAUGCAGCUACUGAGGGACAACCUGACGUUGUGGACGUCCGACAUGCAGGGAGAAGGCGAGGGCGAGGGAAAAGAUGCAGACGCGCAAGUACAGGACGUAGAGCAGGAAGCCGCGUCGUAAUGUCUCCCCCCCCUCUGCGAUGCUUCUCAUUCUCUUCAUCUGCCAUGGCACCUGUUUCUGACAGUAUUCGUGCGUCGUCGGUACAUACGGAGACUAGGGAGUGCACACACAGACAGCAGCAAUGCAAAAACCACGCAUCAUCGAGCAAAAAGCAGUACUUAACAGACUGUAGAGUCAGCGAGUGCAGAGCCGGGGGGUGACAGGCUAGUGUAAUUUCUAGCACUACCCCCUCCCUUCUGUCCAUCUAUUGUUUGCUUAUUGUAAAAUUACGUGUCCUCGUCCCAGUCGUAUUCAUGGCUUGGUCCGUGUAAAAUUAGUCGCAUUAACGUGAGUUUUCUGUGACCGCUUCCAUUUAAAUCCAUUGCCUUUUAAUCCAUUCCACCUCUCGACAUGUGAAAUGUGUUGGAAUUUCUCUGUACUCGCUUACGAUUCGCUCACAUGUGCCUCGAUGUAAACGAGCACACUGUCUUUCAUAUCUGAUGACAGUCGGUCGUCGUGGCGACGUGAUAACAGCAGGAAGCGUGCGUGCACACUCGAUCCAUCGUUGAAUCCCACCGAAGCGCUCCCUGCUUUUCCUACUCGACUGUGGAGCAAUAUUGGCAGAAGUUAGUUGCUGUGUAGGUCCAAUUCUAGUCGAGUCUUCUUGAACGAUUGCUCCCAUCAUUCACACUGGCCUUGAAAAGGAUAAUUCCUACUUUGUCGAGGAGGCUGGGGCGUGAGUAACUGAAAGAUGGUAACUUCAAGUUUACACUGAACCUGAUGCCGCUGUCUCAUCUGUUUGUUUUGUCCCUGUAUCCCCCUCGAGAGAAACAGCUGCUAUGGUUAGGUGAAAGUCAUUGGUGAUCAUAAUAUAAAACUUGUCAAGAUUGUACAAAUCUGACUUUAAUAAUAA